AUGGGUCGGCAUGGUAGAAAAGGCCGUGGUGGCGGUGGAGGUUUUGGAAAACGGCGACAGCAUCGCGACGAUGCGGAUAAUCAUAAGAGAUAUCCCGACAUUGUCAAGAAUAACGAGAAGCUUGAAAGGCACUAUAAUACUCUACUGGACCUGCCUGAGGAGGAGAGGGUCGAGUUCUGGGAUGCCUUGAAGCGUGAGCUGCCCAACAGCUUUCGAUUUUGCGGCUCGAAGGGACAAGCGCUAGCUGUGCGCAACCUUCUUGAGACCCGCUACUUUCCCGAGAUCCAGAAGAUCGAGUACGAGGGCAAACAAGUUGACCUGCCGAGACCUGUUCCAUGGUACCCCGAUGAACUAGCUUGGUGGAUGACAACCCCCAAGAACGUUGUCCGAAAGUUUGGUCCCUUCUCCGCCUUUCAAAAGUAUUUAGUCUCCGAGACCAGCGUCGGCCACAUGACAAGGGCCGAGGUCGUCAGCAUGAUUCCUCCACUCCUCCUCGAUGUCCGUCCCGGCAUGACUGUUCUCGACAUGUGCGCCGCGCCUGGAAGCAAGUCGUCACAAUUGUUGGAGAUGUUGCACGUUGGAGAAGAGGCGCGGAUAAAGAAGGCGCUGCGAGGCCACGCCGCCGAAUACGGCCUCGAUCUGGGACCCGAGACGGAAGAAGAAGCCAAUGUUGAUAUGUCUGCCGAUCCCAGCGACGCUGGUCGCGCCACCGGUCUUUUGAUUGCCAACGAUGCCGACUACAAGCGAUGCCACAUGCUUACCCACCAGCUCAAGCGCUUGUCAUCCGCCAACCUCCUCAUCACCAACCAUGAUGCGACCCAAUACCCACCCAUCAAGUUGCCUCCUCACCCGGACAACCCUAAGCGAACCGUUUACCUGAAAUUCGAUCGCAUCCUUGCCGAUGUACCUUGCUCGGGUGACGGUACUCUCCGGAAGAAUGGCAAUAUCUGGAAUAACUGGGUUCCGGGAGGCGCCCUUGACUUCACCUCACCCAAGUCAGGAUAUUGCAUGCAUCCUAUCGAGAAUGAAGCCGUCAUUGGUGCCGCGGUUGAUCGGUGCGGUGGCCUUGAGAAAAUCGACAUCAUUGACUGCUCGGACAAGCUCGUCGAGCUGAAGCGCCGCCCUGGAAUCAAGAGCUGGAAGGUCAUGGACAAGACUGGCCAGUUCUGGGAUUCGUGGGCCCAGAUUGAAGAGAAAAUGAAGGAAGAUCCCGACUUCGUCGCCCCGGGUAGGCUCACCGAGAGCAUGUUCCCCAGGAGCGGAGGUGAGGACCUUCCUUUAGAGAGGUGCAUGCGCGUGUACGCCCAUCUUCAGGACACCGGCGGCUUUUUCAUCACCGUCCUCGAAAAGAAGGCCGAAUUCAAGGCCAAGCCCGAAUCUCAUCUCAAGCAGCCCCGUGCAACCACCAAAUCAGCCGACGAAGAGGGAACCGCUGCUGAAGCCCAGGCCGAUCCCGCGCUUAAAACUGAGGCUAACGAUGACGCCCCUGCGGAGGCCUCUGUGGAGGAGCCGGUGGAGACCCCUCCCGAUCACUCCCAGGCCAACGGAAAGAGGUCGAGAGACGACGACGAGGAUGCAGAGUCUGACACCAAGAAAGCUAGGAUACAGGGUGAUGAUGUGAAGAUGACUGAUGCCGCCGAGGUCGCGCCGCUUGCGGAUGAUACUACCUCUGUGGCCACUGCCGAGAAGGCCGCACGUCCUGCUAACGGCGAGCGAAAAGACACCUCGAUAAAAUACGAGGCGCCUUUCGUGUAUCUCCCUCCUGACCAUGCCGCUAUUGCGGAGGUCAAGAAGAAUUACUCUCUCUCUGACCGCUUUCCCCUCGACCGCUUCCUCGUCCGUAACGAGACGGGCGAGCCGGCCAAAGCCAUCUACUACUCUGCCGCCCUUGCUAAGGAUAUCCUGAGCAUGAACGACGGCCGUGGCGUCAAGUUCAUCAGCGGCGGUGUCAAGAUGUUUAUGAAGCAGGACGUGCCGAGCCCCGACGUGUGCCGCUGGCGCAUUCAAUCAGAAGGUAUGCCGAUUCUCGAAGGAUAUGUUAGUGAGAAGCGCGUCGUCCACCUACACAAGCGUGAGACUCUGCGCAAGCUCCUCAUCGAGAUGUUCCCCAAGAUUGCUGAGGGCGGCUGGGAAAGCCUCGGCGAGAUUGGCCCGCGGGUUAGAGACAUGGACAUGGGCUGCUCUGUGCUCCGCAUUGAGCCUGACGGCACCGAAGACGGCUUCCAAGAGCGUAUCGUGCUUCCUUUGUGGAAGAGCAUCCACUCCCUCAAUCUUAUGCUUCCCAAGGAGGAUAGGGCCGCCAUGCUACUCCGGCUGUUCAACGACACAACGCCGCUGGUGAACAACGGGUUACAAAUGCAGAAGGACAAGGAAGAGCAAAAGAGGAAGAAGCUCGAGCAGGAGGCUGCCGCCGCCGCUGCCGCUGCCGCCGCACCCGGCGGGGAGGCUUCCGAGGCUGAGGCCACUCCUACCAAUGCAGACGAGGCUCAAACAGAACCUCAGGACGCGGAGAUGGAGGGCCAGAAUGGUGCGGACGAGGCGGACGCGGAGGGCGAGACUGAAGAUGCCGUAGCCGCGGCUUAA